GAAUCUAUCAUCAGAUACAUCGAGGCGCAAUUCGAGGCAACUCUCAUGGAAGAGUCCAAAGUGCGCCGCAAUCCUAAAUCUCCCGACUUUCAAACUCAUGCCUGUGUAUACAUGCUAAGUCCAGACAUCAUCAUUGCAUCCAAUGGUCUUAGUCUAGUCGAUCGUCAUGUGCUUACUUCUCUGUGUUCCAGAGUCAAUGUGAUUCCUUGUUUAGCCAAAUCUGAUUUACUGACUGUCAGGCAACUCAAGUCUGUGCGAUCGUUGGUUGCUAAUGAUUUGGUAGAGUACAAAAUUCCCGUAUACAGUUUUCCUGAAGAUGAUGAUGACGACGAACCACUGCAGGCCGAUCCAGAUGCACCAUUACCACUCAGCACGUUUGUUCCAUUCCGUCUUGUCAACUCUGAAGUCACUCAAGUGGAUGAUGAAGCGAUAUUUACUGGCUUGGUUGUAGACAACAAAAAGAUUCUUGGCAGAGAGUAUACAUGGGGUGUUGUGGAGGUGGAAAACACUGAACAUUGCGAUUUUAUUGAGCUCAAAAAUGCACUAUUUGGAAGCCAUUUGGAAGACUUGAAACUCAGUACUCGCGAAUCGUUGUAUGAAAAAUGGAGAACUGAGCGUCUAAUG